AUGUGGAGUCUUUCUCUUGGUUAUGCAGCCACAAUCGUCCUUGCUGCACAGUCAGCCACAGCGAUCCGGCCAAACGGGUUACCCACGCAUUUCGAUGCCGCCAAACUUGCACAUGGCGAAACCGCGUUGAAAAGUCCCAAUAUCCAGGAAUGCAACAUAUCCGUACCUGUGGACCAUUUUCAUCACGAGAUCCAGUAUGAGCCGCACUCAGAUGCCUACUUCCCCCUUCGCUACUUUCUGGAAACAUCGUAUUACAAGCCUGGCGGCCCGGUUAUCGUCAUAGCUGGGGGCGAGGUGACUGCUGAGUACCGGAAACCAUUGCUGGACGAGGGCAUUGGGCCUCAUCUUGCCAGGGCUACCGGCGGUAUCGUGCUCGUUUUGGAACAUCGCUACUAUGGCACGAGUUUUCCCGUUCCAGAUCUAUCCCGAGAGAACUAUCGAUUUCUCACCACAGAACAGGCCGUGGCAGAUGCUGCCUACCUCGCGCAGCAUGCCAAGUUUCCUGGGUUUGAACAUGCGAAUUUGACUUCGGCCAAUACGCCAUGGAUUAUUUACGGUGGCUCUUACGCAGGCGCGUAUGCGGCCAUUACUCGCAAGCUCUACCCGGAAGCCUAUUGGGGCGCCAUAUCGUCGUCGGGUGUCACAAGAGCCGUUUAUGACUACUGGGAGUACAAUGAGGCAGCACGUUUAUAUGCUCCAGGAGAUUGCGGGCCCAAAAUGUCCAACUUGACGCAUGUGGUUGACACAGCAAUCUUCAGCAGUGAUAAGACCAAGCCCAGUGCGAUCAAGAAGCUUUUCGGUUACAACUCAUCUAUCAGCGAUGCAUCAUUUGGUUCGAGCAUCGCGCAUCCGGCUUCCGCGCUACAACAAGAAAGCUGGGUACAUGGAGAGAGUGACAACACCUUGGAGGAAUAUUGCAGCACCAUCACAUCGGAACAGCUUGCUUUCCCUGAUCUGGAAAAAAGUCGUUCCACAGCGGAACAGCUUGUCAAAGACGCGGGAUAUAGUGCUGAUACCUCGACCGCGCUUCUAAACUACGUCGGCCUCCAGAGGAGUGGCUCCGAUAAUGAGUCGAAGCAAAGAAGAGGAUGGCCCAAUCAACUGCGCAAGCGAGCAGCGCAGCUCAAUGAUGGCUAUAGCUGGUUCUACCAGACAUGCAGCCAAUGGGGCUUUUUCAUCUCGGGAUCUGGCGUGCCAAAAGACAUAUUAGGUAUUCUUUCUCGAGCAGUGACGAUUGAGUACGUCGCCAGCGGAUGUGAGGAGGCGUUUGGCAUCUCCAGUCCGCCGAAUGUAGACUCCAUCAAUCGCCUGGGCGGCGUCAACUUUUCCUAUCCACGCUUGGCUAUUAUUGAUGGCAAACAAGACCCCUGGCGUGGUGCUACGCCGCACAGGAUCGGUGCCAAUGUCAAUCGCAAGUCGACAACCGAGCAGCCUUUCAUCCUGAUCGACCCCGCAACUCACCACUGGGAUGAGUCGGAUAUCCCAGCCAAUGAAUACAAACCUGGAUACCCUCCGAAGCAGAUUAUAGACGUGCACAAUCAGGAGGUAGCGUUUGUGAAGGCAUGGAUCAAGGAGUAUCAUGAUUCUAGAAAGUGA